UUAUGCAAAGCAUCAGUUGCAAASAAACUGCCCAAAAGCUAGAUCACCACCCAGCCAUACCUUCUCCCUGCAAUCAUUUCUUUCAGUGAGUCUUAUGUUUGUUUUGAUAUUAUUCUCUACUUUAUAUUCUCUAUAUUUCUCUUACAUUCUCGUCAUAAAUUUUCCAUUUUACCUGUCCUGACUGCUACACACCCAAAAACUAUGAUAUUUAUAKAUUUUGUGUCACUAAAAGUACGAAAAUAGCUCAUUUUUCAUUAAAAUGUUAAUCCUCUCCCAUGUCCUACUACCCACUCAUAAUUGCUUCUUCUAGUGGUCCCUUCCUUCUUACUUCCAUUUCAUGUUAUGCGACCAUGAAUUAUGGAUCAUUAUGGAAUGAAUCCYGCUUAUAAACAAUAAAGAWCAAAAAGYGAAGAAAAAAGAUUUUAKUUGCAGAAUAGCAAAAUUCAUAAAUUCUGAUUUAAAAAAAAUCUCAACCUAAGAGCUGAAUUGAAGCUCGUUUGCUACACCCAAGUACUGCAAACUUAUAUGGAAAAAAUGCAAGAGGUUUCAUCUCAGUCAAAACAUGUGAAGACCAAUUUCYCCUGCUUUAGUUCUCGAAUUUAAAGGAUAUAUUGUGGACUUCCUACUGAACGUAUCAGAUUUUCAAAGAUUAAAAAAGCAUUUUGUUUACUGAGAGUGUACUUACCUUUCCAAAUAUUAUCAAUAUUACUUUACAUGUAAACAACACUGCACUGGACGACGCCAUCUUGUUCUGGUUGACUGGUGACGUCAUAGCCAUAAGCAGUGUUUUGGCGCGAAAAAUACGACUCGCUUCCAAGCGCGCGCAGACAGCCUGCGACAAGUUGAAGGAGGAGAAGGGCAUUUAAUUUACACUAAUUUUAAGCUAUAUACUCUAAUCAGUAAUUAAUGAUAAACAUGCACAAAAAGARAAUAUUUGGUACUCCUCCCGAACCCCUCUUCAAUAUGAGAACAGUAGGAAUGACACCAGACUUACUUGAAGAAGCUCUUUAUGUUUUGGCUGAGGAAAACGAAAAAAGUAUGGAUGGUGCAACCGAACGUCAAGGGUACUUUAAAAGUGGUGUAACUGCCGAAUACGUGUUUCUACUUUGCCAAGAGUUGGGGCUGUCAUCGGAAUGCCGUUUUCUUGCGCUUGAAAUUUUGGACAGGUUCAURGCGAAACACAUCAGUGAUCUUUUUGAGUACAUCCAAUCCAACACAGACGAAAACCAAAAAGAAAACUGGAGCGAAGUCGAAAAACGUAUUAAAAGUCAGCUUCCGCUUCGCAUUGUUUCUUGUGUGCAAAUAGCAAGUAAAGUUCAAUCCCACUACAAGACAGUCACGCCCAAUAAAGCAAGGCGUUUUCUGAAUUCGGUUGGAUGUCGGUAUUCUGUGAAUGGUAUUUUGAAAUCAGAACUUCGAGUUUUAAAAACUUUAAACUUCAGCCUUCCAUGCAGUACUCCACUCACCUAUCUGGAGACAAUAUUAGAGAUUCUGGGCCAUAAUGACUCAAAAGCCCAAGUCAAAGUUCUACAUGACACCUCAACAAAGAUUCUAGAUAUUGUCUAUCUCAAGUACCACGAUAUGUACACCAAACUUUGUACAGCAGCAACUGGUGAAAAAUGCUCUAAAGAUGACAGACACAAAGUAGCUGUAUUAGCCAGUGAUCACAUGCUUAUGUCAGUCUGUGUGAUUGGCUCGGCUUCUUACAUAGUUGAUCAGACAUCAAGUGAUAUGGUUGUGGAGCAGUUAAGCCGUAUCACACAAAUACCACAGGAUGACAUUCUGGAUUUCGCCACAAUCAUACUAGAAGCUAUUUUGUAAAAUACAGCAAUACAGCCACAGGGAGCCCAAAUUUAUUAUUAUGACUGUAUUUUGAACUAAAUCAGUGUCACCUGUCAGAGUACAAAAAUAUGCCAAGCAUACCAUCUCAGGUUGCAGCUCAUAAGAUUUCCAAAGGCUAYAAGGACUAUAAGCAAAAAGAAACAAGGCACAGAGCUUUAAAUGGGAAUCUCUAAUAAAAAUUAGGAAAAAAUUGUUUACUUUGAAAGUCUUGAAUUCUAUAAAAUCUGGCAAGACCUUAAACCUAAAUCCAAUAACAGUUCAUGAAGAUCACUGCUUGAGAUAGGAAAAAAACAUUGACAAAGUGUACUCUUACUCAUUGAUUUUUACAUUCACAAAUAAUAAGCAUGGACUCCCUGUGAAUUGUACAACAGAUUCAAUACCAGCCUAUAAUUAACACUUUGAUGCAAUGUUUAUUAUUAAUUUAUUUUGAGUCUUUGAUAAAUUAUAGAUAGUAAGAGAUAAUCAUUUUACAGAUCAUACUGAUUGUACACCAUGUAUCUUUGUAACAAUUACAAUGGAAACAAUGCUUGAGUGCCAACACUCAAGUUGUGAAAUGAAACCAAAGUUACAAAAUAAAUGCCUACUUUCCAAAUAAUUGGCAUAAAUUUGUACAAAUAAUAAUAGCUUUUUCACAAUUUUACAGACAGGAAAAAAAUCAACUUGUGUUAGUUACUCUAUCAGGGCAAAAGUUAUCUGUUAAAUACAUCUGUCUAUUUACAAAAUGUAAAGAUAGGUGACAUUUUGUUCUUUUACAUUUUUCUGGUACAAAACAGACACAACCAAAACUUACUCCUUUCUUUAAAUCCAUGAUGUACACUUUACAACAUGUUAGGAUUUCACCUCUUGGAAGAUGUAAUCCAAUACCCUUGUUCAAAACAAGAAGAAAACAUGUCUUUUAAGAUCAUCAGAGAAUUUGUUCUGAGUGAGGUGAGCCAUCUUACUACACAACAUACAAUAAUAUCUUAUUUCUCUCAUAUCAUCCUAUUUUGAAUUAUUAUUUCUAUGCUUACUACACAAAAAAAAACUAGUUUAUAAUAAUAUUUCUAGAGGAAAGCUUUAUUUACAAUGUGUACAUCUUUAUUUAGAAGUCUUAUAAAUAAAUUGGCAAAUAUUUAUGUCAUAUAACCAAAUGCAACAAGUUACUGUUGUAAACUUUCCUUGUUAUCUUCUAAACCAUGACCUUUUAAUGAUGAUGGGCUUCCUGUUUCCUAUAAAGAAUGAUUAAUGAAUUAAAGCAUGAUAUCCAAAUUCA